CCCUCCCUGCAGCCUCCUGCCACAGUGUUUCUCAGAGUCGCUGGAGGUUGUGGGUGGGUUCCUGCUCCACGUUUUUGGCGGUGGACUGAACGCUGAGCACAGGGGCUUGACGUCAGCGGAGGGAGCGUUAGUUCUCGUCCCUGCUGGUCGGGGUACGAGUAGGGAGCUGGUCUCACCUAACAGAUGUGUCUGUGACACUCCAGUAUAUUUAUUCUGUCAGAUAAACACAGAUCCAGAGGAGCAUGAUGGAAGUGUUAGAAGGAUACAGGGUAGACAGAGGACAGGCGAUGAGGGCCGCGGCCCCGCCUGAGGGUUACGUGAAGGAGUUUACCCGCCACUCGAACGAUGUGCUGCUGAAUAUGAAUGAACUGCGGCACAGAAGCAUCCUGACCGACACCACCCUGGUCGUCGGGAACGUGCACUUGCGGGCGCACUGUGCUGUGCUCGUGGCCUGCAGUGGGUUCUUCUACUCGCUGUACACCCACCGCGUGUUGCUUCAGGGGCGUGGUGGCAGCGGGGAGCAGCUCAUGACCGUGUCUCUCCCCGGCACCUUGGACCCAUCCAGCGUCUCCCUGCUGCUCGACUUCAUGUACACCUCCCGCCUCCCUCUGACACCGAGCAUCGUCUCCGGGGUGCUGGCUGUCGCCACCUACCUGCAGAUGGACCACGUGGCUGAUACCUGCCGGGAUUUCAUGCAGCUGCACUGCACUGAGAAUGUGAGUGCUAGACACCUGAAAUUGGAGCUGGACUCCAGGGUAUCUGUAGCCUCUGUAGCCCCCAAAGGAGGAGACUUGCCUAAUGCACGGCCGCAGACACUGCUGCCAACAGCCGGGUCCAUCAGGGUCCCUGUAGUGGCCGGCGGCUCUCUCAAGCCAGGGGACUUCCCAGCCCGUCAGCCCAGGUCAAAGGAGACAAAAGGAGAACCUGGGUCCCCCCUCACCGGCUCCCCGACUUCAUCUCCAAACAGCCCUGCCCGCUCCAGCUGCCAACCAAACUCUCCAGCCGAGUCCAACACGUGCAACAAGAAUUUUGUGAGUGACACCAAAGCCUCACCAGACCCAAAGGCCUGCAACUGGAAGAAGUACAAGUACAUUGUCCUUAACCCCCUCUGCACCGCCACUACUGUGAAAGUAGAGGAGCCAGAGGAACCCCAAAGUCGAGCAUCACCCUCUGCUGAGAGGGUGGGCUCGGUGCCACAGGCACCAACAGAGGCGUGGUCUGGAGAAGUGCCUGGUCAGAUUGAUAGACAGGGGCAGGCCUCCUGCUACGAGGGUUCUGGCCGAGCCCCUCCCCUCGGGCCACCACCCUCUGUGGAUCAUCUAACAGUGACUCACUCUCACAAGGAGGAACCAGUCACCUCACCUGGCACCGUUCUCCCCAAAGUGCACCCCUCUGAUCCAGAAGCGGCCCAUCACAACCAACACUCAGUCAAGCGUGAGAACUGCUAUGUGCCCUACAGUUAUUCAGGCAACCUUCAGGGAACCAAGUCAGUCUGUUCAGGUGACAAGCCGUACCGCUGUAAUGUGUGUGGAGCUCAGUUCAACCGGCCGGCCAACCUGAAGACUCACUCCCGCAUUCACUCUGGCGAGAAGCCCUACCGCUGCGACACCUGUGGGGCACGAUUCGUACAGGUUGCUCACCUCAGGGCCCACGUCUUGAUUCAUACAGGGGAGAAGCCUUACCCCUGCCACACCUGUGGCACCCGGUUCCGCCACCUUCAGACCUUGAAGAGUCACCUGCGCAUCCACACUGGAGAGAAGCCUUACACUUGUGAGAAGUGUGACCUGCACUUCCGACACAAGAGUCAGCUGCGCCUGCACCUGCGCCAAAAACACGGGGCCGUCACCAACACCAAGAUCCGCUACAAGGUGCUGACCGAGCCCUACCAGCCUCUGCUGCAGGCCUGCUGAAGAGGAAGGCAAAUGUCACCCCAAUAAUAUCUAAAUCUGUCAGAAAAUGUGAUCUAAUUUUAAAUUAUUGGCAUGUGUCUUUUUGAGUCACUGGUUUGUCAGGCAGCCAGAUUUAAGACUUACAAAUUUUUAUUUAGUAUGUUGUCGGAAGAUGUUUGGAAGUUGGAGCUAUCGCAACAACACAUCAAUGCUUUAUUAGUAGGAAUCCCGGAGGUUAAUCAGAAAUUAGAUGAUUAAAGAAAGUGCAUUUGAAGGUUUGUGAAGAGACGUAAAGAGGGGAACAGGACAAUGAACAUGUGGUCAAAGGUUGUGUACUUGGAGGAAAUGUGAAACGUUUGAGAGAAAGAUAGAGUAAGUUUUAUGAAAAAGAAGUGAAUGGGUUUGGAGUUUUUGGAGUGAAUUAAAAGAGACAAUGAGUCUAGCAAAGUAGCAAAGCACUUCAUCAGUAUUAAGUGGCUUAAGUUUUCUUCUCAGAUGUGUAUUUAUCUCAUAUUUAUCUUUAACCUCAUGGCCUGGGGCCUGUGUGUUGUAGUGUGCAGAGAUAAUCUGCUUUCACAGUCCAAGCAGGCAAAGGACUUAGAUGUCUUGUACUGAAUACAAAGUGAGGAAAUAAAAUGAUAUUUUGUUUAUGACGCAGCCAUUUAUAUAAGACAAACAAUCGAUUAGUUAAUGACAAUGGUAAAUGUGUUAAUUUGCUGGACAAAAAUGGUUUUGUACAAUUUAAAUUAAAUCAUUUUUUAUUAAUUGGGAA